ACAGCACUCCCAGGGCACUAGGUACCCAGCACUGAGCACAUCUACUCUUGAGCCGAAAAUGAUGUGCAGUAGCAAGAGUUUGCUCCUGGCUGCUUUGAUGUCGGUGCUGCUGCUCUACCUCUGCAGCAAGUCAGAAGCAGCAAGCAACUUUGACUGCUGCCUCCGGUAUACAGACCACAUUCUCCACCCCAGAUUUAUCAUGGGCUUCACACAGCAGCUCGCCAAUGAAGCUUGUGACAUCAAUGCAAUCAUCUUUUACACAAAGAAAAAGUUAGCCGUGUGUGCAGAUCCAAAGAAGAUCUGGGUGAAACAAGCCGUGAAUAUCCUCAGUCAAAGAGUCAAGAAGAUGUAAAAACAGAUGCUCCCUGCUAUGGAAUUGGACACAGCCCAAGAACAAAAAGAACCUCGCUGUGCUGGUGGUUUCACUUACACAUUACUGAGACUUCAGAGCUCAUCUGAUCUGUGCCUCUUUGGACUUGUCCAAUUAAUGAAGUUGAUUCAUAUUGCAUCAUAGUUUGCUUUGUUAAGCAUCAUGUUAUACUCUAUUUUAUGUUAUGUUAUUUAUAUGUGUAGUUUUUUUGUGUGUUUUGCUAUUUAAUACUAGUUUUCUAUAAGCUAUUUGGUUUAGUAUGAGGUAUAAAGUUAUGUUUGGAGGAAUGAGAUUAUAUGGACUCUCUUGCAGGCAGGCUAUUAAAACCCCCCAACAUUUAACAUUCUUUUGUUUAUGUAGUUUUGUUUCCUACAUCAUUGUAAUUACUUUGUAAAAGAGAAAAAUGAUAAGAAGAAUAAAUAUUGAAAAUAAAA